GUGCUGGCUAUGAACAAGGUUUUAGUCGUCCAGUUCACAAAACUUGUGUUUAACGAAAAUGGGGAAGCUUGAUAAUUUGGUCAUUUUGACCACUUUGUGGGGUCUAUUUGCAUCCGGAUUGGGUGAUAAGACUGAGACAGAACUGAUUGCUUCUAUGCGAGAGUUGCAACUACCUUCUCUGGAUGCCCAAGAUUUUUACGCGUCGCAUUCUCCAGUCCACGUUUCGAGAUUUCGGGGACCACGGGCAGUAAAAUUUGAAGAUGAUUCGUCCCCACACGGGAAAAAGAGUGAGGCUGUGAGUGCAUCCUUUUCUGUGGGGACGAACGGUCUUUCCGGCUCUGUCAGUGCUGCUCAAGCCGACGGAGAAAAAACGAAAGGAUAUUUUGGCCACUAUCCUGCCGUGGCUGGGGGAUAUUAUCCUCCUCCAGUCCCACCCCCAGUUUAUGGAGGUUACUAUCCUGGUGGUUAUGGAGAUGAUUCUGGUUUCGAAGGAAUUGGAGGCCUUGGUCAUCACCAGUCGUCCUCGUCAUCUGCUGCUGCGGCAUCUUCCUCUUCCGGUGGACAUCCAUCCUUCCCGAUUUUAGGCGGACCUGUGAGUCACAGUGGAAGUGGAGCUUCUGCAGGAGGAUGGGGAGGCUCAGGUUUAGGAUAUUAUCCAGGGGGUGGCGGUUACUACCCAGGAAGUGGGGUGGGUUACUAUCCAGGACAAGGAUACUAUCCAGGAGGGGGAGUGUAUGGCUAUCCUGGUGCUGGUGGAUAUGGAGGCCCCAGUUAUUUAGCUCCGGUUGGAGUGGGUGGCUUGUAUGGGGGUGGACCUGCUGGAGGUUACUAUCCGGGAGUGGGUGGACCUGGAUAUUUACCUCCAUAUGGAUAUGGGGGGUUCAGAAAGGGUGAUGGUGAUGCAGAUGAGAAACAUAAUAAGGCUGGCUCUCCUGCUGAAAAUAAUAAUAAUGAGGAUUACUUGAACAAGAAUUAUAAUGGUGCAAAAGUUGAAAGCAGUAAUAAUAAGCCAUCCACCAGUGGUGUGAUUUUUAAGGACAACUAAUACUCCGAGUAAACAUAACUUUUCUUUGUUUUUCGUAAUUUAUUUUUAUUUAAUCAGGUUGUAAGUUCGAUAAUAAGGCAUGGAAUACUUGUAAUUUUUUAAAGGCAAACUCUGACCACCCUUUACAAAUGAAAUCUGAUAAUAAAGCAAUGAAAAUUA